AUGGGCCGGAAGAAGGUGCUUAAUCUCCGAGCAAUCAAUCCAGACGCGCAAUUCGGUCAGCAGAGAACACAACAUAUGUGUCCCUGGGCAUUUGAGCGCCUACGCUCGGAUCGCGCUGCGAUUUUGCAAGAUUUCCGAAUCUUCCAUGAGCGGUUCAAAGCAAUCUUUGCGGAUCAACCGCCCCGCUGCAGUCAGAUCAUGCAGGAUGGAGUCAGAGUCAACGUGCCCUGUAAUGGCAGUUGCCCUCAAGCCUGUCAAAGGAGAAUGUGCCCGACUUUGUUGGGACGAAAUCUCUUACAGGAGCGUGGAAGGCGGCCCAGCCGUCUCGUUGGAACGAACGACCAGCGAAUAUAUCAGACACUGUCCUGCGUCAAAAACACUCUUGCCAUAUCACACGUUUGGAGCCAUGGUCAAGGAGGUAGACCCGAGGACGGCUUCAACAGUUGUCUGCACCAGCGCUACACCGCCAUCGCCAAAGACUUGGGCUGCGACUCGUAUUGGAUGGACACGCCUUGCAUUCCAAACGAUUAUGCCCUCCGCAACGAGGCAAUCGAAAAUAUCAAUCGGAUUUUUGCCGACAGCAAGGCGACACUAAUCUGCGAUCGAGACUUGAUGGACAUUGACAUCUCGGAUCUAACACUUACUCUGCGGGAGUCUAUACUUGCUACGCUAAUGGUCUGUGACUGGGAUGUGAGAGCAUGGACUCUUCUUGAAGGGAUGCGUGGACGACGAAAUGUCUACAUUCUUUGCAGAGAUAGAAAAACAGUAUCUCUUCAAGAAUGUUUCAAGAUCGUCUUGUAUGAUGGACGUCUCGAUCUCAUAGCCCUUUUACUGGCGACACAGCAUGUCAUCCCCUAUUCAUCGGCAGACGAUGUCCCAGAGCGGUCCAAAGGAACUUGGUGGGAGAAUUUAUACGCAGAACGUAUCAGAGGCCGCAUCUCAGUGCAGGAAGGAACUUGUCUACUCAGUCAUCGCCAUGCAUCAAGGCCCGGUGACGAGAUUGUUAUUUGGAGUCUGUUGCUUGGCGAUGUCGUGCACAGGACGCCCGUGGACUUUUGGCGAGCUCAAGAGGGACAGAUUAUAAAUACAGGACUUCUAAUGUCCAGUAUACCGCGAAUCAAAGGCCACAAAGGACUGGGAUGGGCACCAACACGGCCGAACCUCCCAUUUGACACCACAACACAACGAUUCCCUGCAUACGAUGGGAAUGCUACAGCUUACGCCAAUAUCACGCGAAAAGGUCUUGAGGGAUUCUGGCUAAUCGCUAAAUUUAAACAAUCGAAAUUCAAGCGAUGGAUCCGGAGAUUUCUUUCUUCUCACGAGUCUCAGGGUCGCAUUUUGGGACAUGGGACCCGCACACAGACUGGAGAGGGGUGGCGAGAUAGCCCCGGAUGGUACCAGGGGGAGUCGAAUGGGCCAUUAUUUGCGAUUGUGGUGUCGAGUAACGGCUAUGAAUGGAAGUGGAAGGAGGUCUUCGAGUGGGACGGUGACACAUCUAGCAUGCCAGUCAUGAAAGUAGAGAAGAUUCUAUUGAUAAGCUCACAUCUUCCUGUGCAUUUCCAAAUCCCCUAUAUUGUAAAGGAAAUAACACUUUUGCACACAACCCGCGAUUCUUACGCUUCCCUACAGGCUUUAUACUGGCACCCCUGCAGGCCUUACGCUGGCACUCUUAUAGGGUUCAUGCUGGCACCCUACAGGCUUUAUAUAGGCUUACAUUACAGGUAUGCGGAGGGCCGAAGUUCCGGAGCAUUUAGGCUUUAUAAAGCCUCUUUUAUAGGCUUCCCUAGAGGCUUUAUUAAGACUUAUAUUACAGUGCGGAGGGCCGAAGGUCCGGAGCAUUUAGGCUUGCGGAGGGCCGAAGGUCCGGAGCAUUUAUAG